UCUGCAGUUCAUUUCUUGUACAUGGGCUUCUUUUAUGUGUCAAAAUAUUGAUCUGUCAAGUCCGGCUGCACUCUCGUGCAUCAUCGCCGUGUGCAUCUGCCGAGCUCGCACCGCGUCGUGGCACUGCCGGUAUGAUACCUGCCCUUUGGAAUUACAAGCGCUUUGUGGCUGGCUACGCCCGUCUACGGGACACAACAGAAGAAUAUGCAAAAUUCUCAAGAGUGAGUGGUGGCGCCAGGUGAGGCUCUUCAAAGACUUGCUUCGAACUAGAUGCCGAGGUCAGCGUAUGUUUCGCGAGUGGUGUGUGAUCAUUGACCACCUCACGGAAUUCCUUUGGAACACGGUCCGAGCAUCCCUUCCGAAAGGCACAAGAAGUAUCCCUGCAGAAGGAAAGCUGCUGGUCCUUGGAGACGUCGUUUUGGAUUCAAAGUAUGAAAAGACCCUGCGCCUUGGACCCAAGUUCUGCCUCGACCCAGGCCUGAGAACCGUUGAAAAGUUGGCCUUCGCCCAUAAUGUGUCAUCUAAGGCUCAGCCCGAGGACAGAACUAGGAAGGAAAACGCUGCUUAGUAGCCUUUACGGGAAGGCGUCCCCAGGGACUCUGACGGCCGUCAUGGGACCAUCCGGGGCCGGCAAAACUACUCUGCUCAACAUAUUAUCAGGCUUCUAUGAUAAAGGCUACGCAGGUGAGGUCCACGUUAACGGCUAUGUUCGCGACCCCAAGCUCUUCAACAUGCAAAGCUGUUACGUUAUGCAAGACGACUGCUUGCUGAAAGACUUGACAGUGCGGGAAACCCUCGGAAUGAAAUUCGAGCUGCGCACGCCGGCGCUUGAAGGUGGAAGCGCUUCCCAUUUUGAAACCAUAAACAAAUGGGGCCUGAACAACUGCGCCAACACGCUGGUGAAAUCGCUUUCGGGCGGAGAAAAGAAGCGCCUGUCUAUUGCACAGGAACUCAUCGGAAACCCGCCACUCGUAUUCCUGGACGAGCCAACAAGCGGAAUGGACAACAGUUCGGCGCUGCGCUGCGUUCGUGUGCUCAAGUCUCUUGCUUCGUGCGGACACACCGUGAUUUGUGCAAUCCACAAUCCCAGCACUGCGCUGUUCUCGCAUUUCGACAGACUUUACGUGCUUUCGGAAGGGAGAUGCAUAUACAAUGAUUCGGGGAACAAGUUGUUGGAAUUUUUGGAUUCUCAAGACCUUCACUGCCCACUUCACACCAACCCUACUGACUUCAUUACAGAGAUAGCCGCUGGAGAACAUGGAGAAGUGAGAGGGAACUUGUCCAAGCUGUUCGUUCCCGAUCAAGUCAACCAUGACAAAAAUAAAUGCAUUGAUUCUUCCAAGUUCAGCCCUCAUGGAGGACGGCUUAUGACUGAGAAGGAAAAGAAAGAGCAAAUACAUGAGUACCAGUUCCGAGCAAAAUACCAUCGGCAGUUCAUGACACUGUUGAAGAGGUGCUUCAUUUGCAUCACUAGAAACAAGGUUACCACUCUCGUCCGCAUAGCGGCAUCUUUGUUCUUCGCUUUCCUGUUGUCCAUCUUGUACUAUGGUUGUGGAAACAGGGCCGCUCAGAUUCAGGACACGGCUGCCUUGUUUGUUGUCACUACGUUCAUGAUACUGCUGGGAUUCGUAAGCAGCACCGUACUCAUACUUCCUUUGGAGAUUGACGUUGUCAUGCGAGAGCAAAGAAACAGGUGGUACGACCCAAGUUUGUACUACGUUGCAAGAAUAAUCGCCGAAGUACCAGUUACGAUCGUCUGUCCUCUCAUGAUGAUUUCCAUCACCCAUUGGAGCACUUUUCAGCCUAUGGAGUUGUCCCGGAUCGCCAUCAUUGCACUUUUCGCUGUCCAGAUGUCCUCAACCAGUUCAAGCAUUGGUUACAUUUGCUCGGCACCUCUGAACCCUGAGCUGGCUGUAAUCGUGGGCCUGGCGUCGGCGGCACCGGUCUUCUUGUUCAGCGGCUUCUUCGUGCAACGCCGGUACCUGCUACCGGCUCUCACGUGGCUUCCGUACUCGACGCCUAUAUUCUACGCGUACCGAGCUAUGAUGACUGCGGUAUUCGGUGGAGGCCGCAGUCCACUUGAGUGCGACGAACGAGACGCAGACGUACUGUGCGUGCCUGUGGACGGCGCCCAAGUGCUGCACAUGCUGGACGCAGAAGACGUGAACUUGGCGGCGUAUUCCGGUAUUGUGUUGGCUAUGGACCUGCUACUGAAGGUUAUCGGGUUCGUGCUGCUUAAGUGGAGGCUCAGGCGCAAUAGCUGAGAAAACUUUAGCGCUACGAAAAUCACGUCUUUGAAGAAGAAGGUAUCUAGCAGUUCAUAUAGGACAUUCCAUAGGUCACAGGUGAAAAAAAAAUAAUCUAGUAGCACAUGUGCACCAUACAGGAAGACGCCGUCAAAGUGUAGCUACAAGGCCUCUCUUCUGAAGAUAAAUAA